CCCUUUCCUUCCCACCUCCCAAAUUCCAAGCUUGCUACACAUUCUUUGCAAAUUUGCAACUAGAUAUAGCCUACGAGGUUUUGUGCGCAAUGGGCAUGGCUGACAAGAGGUCGGCUGCAAGGAAGGCCGGGCUAAUCACCAAGGCGCUGGACCGGUGCUGGACCACACCGGCGAGAAACAGCAAGCCAGUGGAGGGCUGCUUCUCGGUGUAUGUUGGCGCCGGGAAGCAGCGGUUCGUGGUGCGGACAGAGUGCGUGAACCACCCGCUGUUCCGAGCGCUGUUGGAGGAGGCCGAGGAGGUGUUUGGGUACGCGGAUGCAGGGCCCCUCGAGCUUCCCUGCAACGCCGAGGCGUUUGCCAGGGUGCUGCAGCAGAUCAAGGAGGAGAAGCAGAUGGUGGCAGGAAGGAGGUUCGUCCUUGCCAAGGGGAACUCCUACCGGCUGCUCGGCACCAGCCGGUCUGUCAUCAUCGGACAGUCGUAGCAUACAAAUUGGAUGAUGGCGAGUUGAUGAGCUCUAAAGUUUCUGUUGAGCAUUCCCAUUAUGAUAAACAACACCAUCAUAUACUGGGCAAUGUUAGAUAUUUUUCUUCUUCUUCUUUUUUCUAUUUUUGUAAGGUAAUGCUGGAUGUUGAUGUGUGUUCCCACCCUAAGUUGUAGUAACAGUCGGUGAAAGUGUUAUACAGAUGCACAUUCGAACCUGUAACUCUUGUGACGUCCAUAUAUGGCCCAAUGUCGCAACUCCAAAGUGGAAUCGCGCAAUUCAAUUCAUCCCACACUGAUUGCAAGUGGUUUAAUGGAA